CUUUACUUGUACAGUACAGUAAAAUAUACAAGAUUGGCGUUGACCGGAAUGAACAGAAGCCACAAAGCUGGACUUGUUUACAUCAUGGAAUGCUAGAUCCUUCGAAGAAAUAGCUGGAAAUCAUGUUGAAAUGGACGUAUUUGAAAUUUUAACCUCCUUAACAAAAUGAGUUUGAGAGGAUAGAUUAGAAACUGUGAUCCAGCACCAUCAUGCCUGUUGGUAGCAGUAUCCAGGUCUCCCUGAGUGAGGUGCUCCAGGUUAGAGGAGGCCCUCUGGAGGAGGAGGAGCUAUGGAGCAUUCUCUGUCAGAGCUGUAAGGCCAUACAAGACACAUUCAUUCAAGGUCGUGCCAUAGAAGCAGAUGGUCCUAGCUUUGUGGUCAGUCCCUACACGGUGCUCUUCAGUCCUAGCGGCUCAGUCCAGUUUGCUGAGAGCAUUGAUGUGACCCUACCAAACAUUGCCAACUACCUGCCUCCCGAGGGCAUCGGAGGUCAGGGGUCAUUCUCAAAUGCUGCGGUUGAGAAGAUGUACAUCUAUGCACUUGGCAAGUCUCUCCUGUGGGCCUCAGACUACAUGCGUAUCCCAUACAGCAGUGCAGUCAUCAGUGCAACCCUACAGUCAUUACUGAUGGGUAUGUCAGACAACAAUCCAAUGACUCGUCUCGGACUAGUCCAGAUAUUAGAGGCUUGCACUAUCCAUGCCCAGAGUCUUGGAUACGGGAUGCCCUACGCUCGUCACAUCAUCCAAUUGAGUAAAAUCGUACUUGGGAGCAUAUUUGCUCUGGAUCAAAUGGGACUGGGAGACAGCUUCAAUAGCAAUACAAACAACAGUGUCUCCACGGUAACAGGGUCACCCUUGUCUGCCAUGGGGUCACCAGAACACAGGCGAUCAGGACGAGUCAGUCCUGGUAAGCGGAAUCACCAGCAACUCAACUCCAGUGACUCCACUGACCACAAGAACAAGCGCACCAUGCGAGGUAACGACGAACCAGAUGCUAGGAAAGGAUCUAAAUCAAAACACAGACGCGGUGGGUACUCCAACCUCAGCAGCAGUACAAUGGACUCCCAGGAGAGUUACGAAGACGUGCGCUCAUACAAAGACACAAUACCACAUAGCCGCUCUGCACGGAGCUCUCGUGAAAUGCUGGAUGAGCGAUCAAGUCGUAGGGAUGCUUCACACAAAUCUAACGCCACCGAAGAACGUUCGUAUCAUAUGUCUGACAUAUUCUCACCAGCGAACAGAACAGAGAAAUCAAAUGGUUAUAAAGCUUUGAGUGUAAAGAGUGGUCAUUCGCGUCGUGCGGAGUCAAAGCAUUCCAAAACGCAGUCCGCGACGUCGCGGGGUUACGAAUCCAUGCCGGACAGACCGAGCAGCCGAUCAAAGCAGCGGUCGCCACCACCACGAGGACAAUCAAGCAGAACGAACCUGGUUUACGAACGGUUAAUGGAGAGACGGGAAAGGCUAGGUCGUCUUCGAAAUCAACUAGGGCUUCGACCACGGCAUGGGAACGAACUGACCAGGUCAGUAUCGGACUAUGAUAGCGAGACGGACACAAUGACAGAGGAUGAAAGCCAGUAUGGAGAUGGGAGAUCAGAGGCAAGGUCCUACAAAUCUCUGACCUCUGUCGAGUCUGCCAGACAAGGGAGCUAUCACCCAGACCAGUAUUCUCAGUACUCCUCGGUAGGGUCAUUCCCCUUCGGUCAAGGUCCACAGGCCUCCUCUUCUCAGCGCCAGAGCCGGUGCGUACCCAACGUCCACCAACAGAGGGCCGAUCAGUACGAUGGGGUUUCCAAUAGGGAUCCUUCGUUAGAGCGCAGGCUGCAGGCAGCGCCCUCUAGCAACGAACACAAGAGGAACACCUUGCCUUCCAGAAAGAAAUUAAAAAAAUUUUUUGGGCCAGAGUUUGUGGUGAUGAGCGGCGAACCAAACGAAUCCAUCACCAUGCCCAUCUCGUUCUUGAGCAAAGCUGGUAAGAUUCCACCGGAGAAGAAAAGGGUUACAGCGGUCAUGCUAAACGGCCGCAGACUUGACCUUUUGUGUGACCUUGGGACCUCUGGUCAAGAGCUGUUUGACCUGAUUGCAUCUCACCUGGGUCUCAAUGAAAGGUCCUACUUUGGGAUUGCCUAUAUCAAAGAGGGUGAAUAUCUCUUCAUAGACCCCGACACCAAACUCUAUAAGGUGGGACCAGAGACGUGGCGUGAAGAGGCCAAGAAGAGGUCAAAGAAGGUUGGGUCAAAGGAGAAGUUCACAGUGUUCUUCCGGGUCAAGUACUAUGUGGAGAAUGUGAGCUUGCUGAGGGAUCAACUCACAAGGCAUCAGUACUACUUGCAGUUGCGUAGAGAUAUCCUAGAGGAGAGAACCAAAUGUGAUGAUAGAGCCGCUUUACAGCUCGCUGCCCUAGCGCUUCAAGCAGAAAUGGGAGAUCACGACGACAGCACCUCCCGGAACUACUUUUUACCUGAGCACUACGUCGCAGCUGGCAUGAUAGAGUCGAUUGGUGUGGCGAAUAUAAGAGCUCGAUUGCCCCCUAUGCAUGAAGCUCAGAAAGGGAUGUCAGAUGUGGAAGCUGAAUUCGACUUUUUGAUGGAAGCAAGAAAAUUACCGGAGUAUGGAAUCCACUUCCAUCGAGUGACCCACAACAAGAAGGAGAGCACACGAGGGGUGUGGCUUGGGGUGUGUACCCGUGGUAUCAUUGUCUAUGAGAAGGGGGGCAAAGCUCGCAAACAAGUCCACGCUCAUCCUUGGAACAAGACUAAGAAGAUUGCUUUUGAUCGGAGAAAGUUUAUAGUAGAACCUUUCGAUGCCACUGGGAUGAAGUUUGUUCACUUCACAGAAAGCUACAAGAAGGGUCGCUAUUUGGUACAGCUCUGCAAAUCACAGCAUAGAUUCCACAUGGCUGUGAGAACUAAAACUAAUAUUGCUCAUCAAUUUCAGAACGAUUAUGGCAUAGAAGGAGAGUCCUAUAGCCUAGCGAGCGGGUCACUACGCUACGCCAAUCAUUACGAGCCGAACGAUGAGUUUGAUUACAGCGACGCCGAGCAGAGCAUGAUGGGAUCGGUUCCCAGUGAACUUGGUGCUUCCUCGUACACCAUUGAUAGCAUGAGGCAUCAUGGGAUGCCCGAAGUCAAGAGGUCAACUUCAGGUUACGAGGAAAUCAGGAUUGGGAGACAACCUCCUCAGAUCAAGAGCCCUGAGAGACGACCUCACUCCACUCCAGUAACGGAGGGCAGCAGACAACAAAGAUCAAAACCAGUGAAUCAGCCGUACAGAAAUGGGACAACGGGGUCAAGGUCAAAUGUCAAUCCGCAGCAUGUGCUCCUCGAGCGUCAGCAAGAUGAGUACGAUGGCAAUGGUUACGUCGAGAACGGGUACGAGGAGGUCAGCAGGGGUCAGCCAAGGUCGCAAGGGAGGUCAAGGCAGGAGUUGCAAGAGAUUGAAGAUGACCCUCCUUAUGCCACUAUAGCGAGCAUCAAAGAAAACAGAGAGAAGAGCAAGCAAAAGAGAAGCAGGGCACCUAAGACGAGAGGUGAAGAGAGCGGAUAUGCAGAGAUUGGAUCUAGAGAGUCAGAGAAACCAUACGUCCUAGGUACAAGCAUCCACAACAACAGUCGGGCCCAGUCUCGUAAGUCUUUGGACCAAGAUGAGUCCAUCAGUGAAUCCCUGAGGGAGCGUCUGGAAGAUCUGCCCCCUUCAGAGCAUCCUGAGAGGGAUAUUGUCAUAGUUACCCUCAAGAAGAGCCAACAAAAAGGACUUGGCCUUACCAUCGUUGGAGGGGAAAACUCCCGGAGCUUAGACCUGGGCAUCUUUGUUCGUUCCAUCGAGCCUCAUGGCCCCGCCCACAGAGAUGGCAGGCUUCAUGUCGGAGACAGGAUCAUCUCCAUCAACGGACAGAGUCUGGAGGGGGUGGGGCAUCGCGUUGCCGUGGAUAUCAUCAAGAAUGCACCGGAGGUCGUUCAGCUGAUUGUUUCUCAACCUAAGUCGGGCUUGAAUUCUAAAGUCUCAUCCACCCCGAGCACAGAGGUUGUAUAUGCCAAUGUACACCACCCUGCUAAAGCCCAUCCAACGCCCCUCGCACCUAACCACCAAUCCCAAGGCUCUCUAGAAAACAUCCAGGAUCUCCCCGUAGAGUCCUCAGCAAGUGACAGCUCCCCCAAGCUGCGCAACAAUCAGUUCCCACCGACCAAGCCACGGCGACGCCCGGAGAGCUUCGGGUCCAACUACAGCCUGAACUCAGACCAGGAGAGGAACGGGUCAGGAGAAGGGAAACACAGAAGGUAUCUCACCGUGGAGAAACCAAAGAUUGUGAAGAGGAAAGGAGUCGUGGAUGAUGAGGAGGAGGAUGAUAGAGGGAGGAUUACUGAGAGGAGCGAAGACGUUUCGAGGAUAACUACAGAAGAUAUCCACUCCAGGCAGUCUGUCAAGGAUGAACCAAUAAGUACCGGCAUCCUCGACAACCAUUCUGAGGACGACUGGGACGACCUGGAACACGACGACGACGAUGAUGACUCAAAGGUCACGACCCCUGAGAGCUCUGACAUGGAGGACCUCUUUGGCGACAUGGACGAGAAGAAGAACAAACCAAAACUCAACUUUCGCAAAAUCAGCGCUGGUAUCGAAUCCCCUCCCGUAACCGCGACGCCAUCGACCGUGACAGCGAUGUCGCCAUUGAGUGAGAAGCUGACAUCGGGUACAGCAUCAGCAGCCAAGGAGACGGAGGUCGAUGAUACCGAGGCAGAGCAGGAGGGUAAUCUAGAUGAAGAAGUGCAGGAGGCUAGCGAGGGACUCGAUCUACUACCGGGAGACAAGUAUACUGUUCAGCUGAAGAAAGCUAAUGGCUCUUUGGGCAUCAGUGUUACGGGUGGUGUUAACACGAGUGUAAAGCAUGGAGGUAUCUACAUUAAGACCAUGGUACCAGGAGGAGCGGCUGAUCAAGAUGGCCGUAUCAAGUCUGGUGACCGGCUACUGGAGGUCAACAGGUCAACCCUGACCCAGGUAACUCACAAGCAGGCGGUAGAGAUCCUCCGCCGGGCCAAGGAUGUGAGUACGCUGGUCAUUGAACGCGGCAUUCCUCCUGCAGCCACCAGCGCUCUCCCUCCCACACCUGUCCACUUCCAGCAGCCCCUGCACCAGCAGCAAGGGGGUAAUGGAGGUGGUAGUGGUGGAGGGGUGCAGGUGGAUACCAGUACCAACCAGAACACAGGUGCACCAGACAUUCAUCCAGCUUCGGCCGAUGAAAACCCAGAAACCGACUUUGCUACCGAAAAUGAAGACCUUGACCUGGGCACUGCGGAUGAAGAAUACGAAACAGGAUGGGACGAUGAUGACGAUGAUGUGGCGGUCAGCAAGAGUGACCCGAUGACCAUCGAGGAACCUGUAGCACGUAUGCAGGUCAAGGAGCAACAUGCAACGGCGCCCUCUAUGGGGGCCAUGUUGCCUCCUGAGAUUAAAGGUGAUCCUACAAAGAAAGAGCAAAUUGAUCCAGAUAUAGAUGACACAGAGCCGCCGGUAAGUCCCUCCUCAGAUGACGUGGCUCUGUCCCCUACAGACAUACACAGAAUGGGAUCUCCCAUGUUCCCUGCACAGCGCAAGAACAGCCUUGGUGUCAUAUUCCAUCAUGACCUAGAUGGCAGCAUCCAUUCUCUGCGGAGAUCGUCCUCGGCAGCGUCCCUCGGGAUACACUCGGAGCACACCGAGUCUGACGAUGGCAACAGCCUCAUGAUGCCUUCCUUUGCUUCUCAUGCGACGACACCCACCAUCGAGGCACUGCAUGACGAAGACUUCUGCACUCCACCAUUGACGGACGAUGAGUUUGCUAGUGAGAAUGAAAUGCCUGAUGUACCGGUGGACGAGAGCGUUCAUCCGGAGUCUCCCGGCUCUGUCACCGAAUCGCCCUACGCUUCGGAUGGCUAUUCGGACGAGGUGGAUGAUUACUUGGCAGAAAUUGCAUCGCCGACAUUGAGCACUCGCGAGGCAGACACGUUGACACCCACUGCCCACCUGACAGGAAUGCGUAAGAGCGCGAAGCGGAAGUCGUGGGUGAGCAUCGCAAGCAGUCAUUCUCCGGCUCCAACAGAGAGCACACAGUUUGGAAGAACAGAAUCCUCGCCUCGAUCCAGCCGAAAAUCACCAACAUCGCAUCUGUCCGAGUCCUCGGAAGAAUCAGGCAGCGAAGAGUCUGGAUCAAUGUUAUUCAGCGAUAAUGAUAUUGCAGGACAUUGGUCAGACGAGGAAGACCACAGGCUGGUCAAGUCAAAGCUACCAGCAGAGAGCACCCCCAAAGAUCCUAACUUUGUAUCGCGGCGAGUAGCCAUGAAGUCUCCUGCCAGCCCUGAACCCAUAUCAGAAAGCUUCCAAGAUGCCUCUCCAUCCCUACCAACCAUGUCCCCACCGCUCUCCUCCCGCUCGUCAUCCCUGACACCAUCCCAGGCCAGCCAGAUCUCACUCACCAGCCCCAUCCAGGAUGAGGAGGCAAUGUCACCUAACUCCACCUUGAGCAGUGUGGGUGCCCUCACUCUGACACAGACAAUGCUCUCACAGACAAUGAUGUCUACAGGAUACAUGAGUGAGAUUGACAUGCCAAACCUUCCUUAUGUUACCCCAGAGAACACCUUCGAAGUGCAACUCAACAAGGGCUCUCAGGGGCUAGGCUUCAGCGUGAUGGGGGGCAAGGGCACCCACACCGACCCUAGAAAGUGCCUCAUCAGCAUCAAGAAGCUCUUUGCUGGUCAGGCCGCCUCCCAGAGUGGUCUCGUGGAGGAGGGCGAUGUCAUCCUGGCGGUCAACGGCGAGUUGGUCCACGAUGCCACCCAUCCGGAAACGGUGGCUAAAUUGAGAGGUGCCCAGGAAAAUGUGAAACUCCUCCUGUGCCGACCUAGUGAGGAAGAGCUUCUCAGGCUUCUUCAAAAGAAGUCUGAGGAGCUGCAAGUCAAACGAAAAGCUGCCCUUCCUCCUUUGGACACCCCUGCUGCUGGCAACAACUCCAUGCCCCUCAGCUCCCCACCCUUCUCCCCAGACCCUAAGGUCUCCUACCCCCCUCUCUCCCCUAACGUCGAUGACCUCCCACCACCACCUCCAUCACCACCCUCUUCCCCUCCACACUCUGACUAUGAAGACGAUGGGGAGGAUGUCACAGAUCAAGGUGCGCCCCCCUUGGAGAAACCAUCUCCCGUGUCCAAACUGGCAGCGGCGGAUAGAAGUGCCUUUUCAGAGGUGUCGCCCUCCCUCCCCAAGCUGGGAGCGGUGGACAUCAAGUCAAAGAUCCCUGUCAGUAGCAAGAGGAAGUCUCAAGACUUGGGGGUGAAGGGGAAACCCCUUCUCUCUCCAUCCUCCAGUACGGAAAGUUCUCCCAGGAAGAUGCAACAGAUCAUGUCAGAACCAUCCUUUGAUUAUGAAGAGAAUGAUAUCUUUGAGGUGUAUUUAGUGAAGCCUCAACGUGGAGGCCUGGGGUUCACUUUGGCUGGUGGUGCUAACACUGGAGGAUGUUACAUCAAAGACAUUGUGCAGGAACCUGCCAUAUCUGAUGAUAGACUCAAGAAAGGCGACAAAAUAUUAGAGGUGAAUGGUAGGAGUAUGAAAGGGAUGAGUCACUUUGACGCAGUCUCCUUCCUCCGUAUGACCUCUAGAGAGGUUACACUCAAGAUCGUACACCCAUCUUCAAAGUCAAUCCAGCCAACACCGUCCCCGACAAAACCUGUCAAGGCUGACAAUGCCGCAUCGCCUGCGCUGAAAGUAGAUAUGGUCGUCCCUAAAGCAGCGAUGGACGUCCAGGCUAGUCCGGCACUAGCCCCAGCUUUGAAUGAAGGUCAAUACAAGGAUGACCCAAAGAGUCCAUCUGUAAGCGGGAGUGAGGAUGAUUGGUCGGAUGUAGCGUCCGUCGAUUCAACCCAAACACCCAAAAUGAACCUGAGAGAUGCAUUCCACACAAGAUCCAAGCUUGAGAAGUCCCAGUGGUCUAGUUUGGAGGAGGAGUCAUCUAGACUACCUGAUGCACCAAGUGUGGAUGACCUCCCAACAGUUCUCAUCAAGAAGAAUGAGAAAGGUCAAUUAGGGUUACUGUUGGGGUUAGAGGUCACAGACCAGGGAUCAGGGUUGUUUGUCAAAGAGGUUGUGAGUGGCCUUCCAAUGGCACUAGAUGGAAGCGUACAAGUCGGUGAUCAGAUUCACUUCAUCAAUAAUCAGUCUGUCAGUGGAAUCGGCAUGGAAAAAGCCAAGAGCCUUCUUGCAAGGGUGCCCUCUCUUGUUGAGCUCAAGGCAACUAGAAGCAAGAUUCCAGUUCAACCCAGACGACAGCAUCCUGUCUUCAAGACCUCCGCCUUUGAGCCGACAGAGACAGGAGACGAGGAGAGAGUCGUUGAAUCGGCCCAAGAGGACAACGAUGAGGAGUGGAUGACAGACUCCAGCGAGCCAGCUAAAGAUGGGGGCAUGCCCAGGACCCUCCCGGCCACGCCCAAGGGCGAGGAAUCAGAGGUGAAGGGGAAAGUCCCCCCUGCAGGUUUUGACCUUGACCUGGGUGAUGUGUCAGCAGAAGAGUCUGAUUGGGAGGAUUUAUCUGUGAGUGAUCGAGAGGAGCCAAGUCGACUUGAUGAGGUUGGUGACAUCAUGAAGGAUCUACACAGGAGUCAUGGAGGAUACACACCACAACCAUCAAUGGAUAAAGAUACAAUGAGUCCUACUCGAUCUAUUACGAGUCCAUUGGACAUCCCUACCUCCCCUAUAUCUGUCUCUUCCCCGCCCCUGAGCCCCCUCUCUCCCAGCACAGGACCAUCAACGGUCAAGGCUUUCACCUCGCUGACCGAAGCCCCAUCUCCUUCUUUACCCAACGGUGGAAGCGACCAGCGAGAUGACGACCUGGACAGCUUUGGUUCCGAUGAGGCCUUCUCACCGUCCUCCACCCCGCGGAACCUAUCAACGCCCGAGAGAUUCAACGGUUCUCCACAGCGCUUGCGUCACGACUCAACUGAGCCAGAGCUAGAGCCUGAACUUGCCCGUCUUCCCCCUCUACCGGUAGGCAAGGCGUCGGCUUACAACCCAUCCUCUGCCUCACCCGGUAUCAAGUCCCCGCUGGGUAACUUCAGGAAGCAGAUGAAUGAUGCGAGGGACUCCCCCACUGGGAGCGAGUUUUCAACAUCAGCUAGGAUUGGGACUCCAACUGGCAGGCCUCCAUCGGCUCAGGGUAGUGAAGGAGGGAACCUCAGCAUAGGAGAGGGUGGUAUCGUAUGGAUAGAGUUAGAGAAGCCUGAAGGAGGGGGUCUAGGCUUCAGCGUGGUAGGAGCAGAGAAGGGGGGUAAGACCAGUAUCUUCAUCAAGACAGUCACUCAAGACGGUGUGGCCAGCAGGGAUGGGAGGCUCAAGGUCGGAGACAGACUUCUACAGGUGAACGGUCAGAGUCUAGUUGGAAUGACCCAGAACAAAGUCAUCACUAUUCUCAGGAAGAGUAAAGGUGUCGUCAGGCUCGCUGUAACCGGUCAGCUCUCUCGACCAGCUAGUCUGAUAGGAACGGACACUGAACGUCAGACUCCCUCUGUAGUCCAAGACAGGCUAACUAGAGCCGUAGAAGAGAAUGAAACCAGCGAGGCAGAUCUGUCACCCGCGGAGUCAUACACGGAGUCGGCCCGUGACGCUGGAUUCAGGCAACCACUUGACGAUGACCUCUCAGACCAUGAUGAGGUCACCGGCAGCGUGACCUUUGACUCUUCCCUCUCCUUCACCCUCCCUUUUAGCGUGGCGGGGUUGCACAGUACCCGUACGUUUGGUGAUUUUGCUAUCACCCCGCCCCCACCAGAGUUCAGGGUAGGCUAUUCAGAGCAAGACACGGAUAGUGACAUUGAUUCCACGGCUGAGCUUCCUGACGACCUUGACAACGUGGAGAUACCAGACAGCCCAGGUCAGAGGUCAGACAGUCUCCUUGCAGCACAGAGAUUAGGCCGUGCUUUGCAGAACCGCAAUGACAAACGGGAGAGUGACGAGGAGUCCCUCUCUUGGGGAAGUGAGAACAGUCUCCCUCUCGACGAGGAGAACGAGAUCAGCGAAGCAGCCAACGGUGCUGCGCGGGCCACGCCCAGUACCAAGAUACUAGAGGAUAUCACUAACGCCCAGCUGGAGAGCAUGGCCAUUGUGAGACCUGCGGAGGGAGGGCGAUAUACAGGUAGAGGUCUGAGGAGCAGUAUUGCUAAGAUACAGAAGCAGAUCGACAAGCAGGACCCAGCCGAAGAGUUCAAGACUUUACGUCAGGUGAAGGCCAUAGACAACUGUGAAGAAGCAAAGAAAGCCCAAAACAAGGACAAGAAUCGCUUUAGGAAUGUCCUACCAUAUGACAAGACCAGGGUGAUUCUGGAGGACAGUGGACCGUCAGACUACAUCAACGCCAGUCACAUCAAGGCGCAGGUGGGCAAGGAUACCUACGAAUACAUCGCCUGCCAGGGACCCCUCCCUAAUACCACACAAGACUUCUGGUUGAUGGUCUGGGAGCAGAGGGCAGAUGUCAUCGCCAUGGUAACAAUGGACGUUGAGAGUGGAAAGGUGAAGUGUCAUCGGUACUGGCCAGAAUCAGCCAACUCUCCCCUGAUGGUUUACAAUAGGAUUGAAGUACGAUUGGAGAAUUAUCAAAACCUGGACAACUUCAGCAUCAGGAGAAUACUCAUGAUAGAUAAUGAGACCAGUGAAGUACACCAUGUCACCCAGAUGAACUUUGCAACCUGGCCGGACCACAGCGUGCCAUCCACCUCUCUCCCUCUUCUCCGCUUUGCUUGCCACAUGAGGCGUAUCCAUGACGACCGUCUCCCCAUCGUCGUCCACUGCAGUGCGGGGAUCGGGAGGACCGGUACCCUCAUCACCAUCGACGCCAUCUUAGGGCUCAUUGAUCGUGAUGAAGAGUUCAAGGUACUGAACAUAGUGAAGGGUCUGAGGAAGCAGAGGCAAGGCAUGAUCCAAACAAAGGACCAGUACAUCUUCUGUUACAAGGCUGCCUUAGAAGCUCUGAAGACCGUGCUCAGAUGAGGGCCAGUGGAUUGAGGAACAUAGAAUGAUCAACACAAGCUCUCCACGUUUUCUUU